UCUGUGAACGAGUGAUAGACUAGAGUGACAAUAGUUUUUCAACGAGAGUAAAGUACAAAUUGUUCAUGGUGAUUAGUGUAAAAUUUUUAUUUAUUAUUAAUGCCUGUGAGAAGUGCUUAAAAUUCAUACGUAGAUAAAAACGAUAUUCGUUGUCUAUAGCAAAAAAAGGGAAAAAUGUAGAAUACUGUCCCAGGAGUUCGGAAAUAAAAUGGGUAUGGUCGGAUGGAGGAGGUUCGCCAGAUCAAGGAUAUAUUAACAUAGUUAUAGCCGCAGGAAGUAAGAAAGUGCUGCUUAAUACGAUAAAAUGGGCAAUUGCUUACAAAUAAACAGCACAGAUGACAUUUCACUUUUACGUGGAAGCGAAAGUAGCAACACACACGAUUUUACAUCUGAUCGAAAUGUCCCGGCUCCAAUUUAUUCGGAACUGCUGCAGCCUGUCUUCUUUCCGUCUCCAUCGACUAGACUUCCAGCGUCAAAUUUAACUGAGGAAGAACAAGUGAAAAUCGCAAAGCGAAUCGGAUUAAUCCAACAUCUCCCAAUCGGCACCUACGAUGGUUCAAAAAAAAUACGCGAAUGCGUGAUUUGUAUGAUAGAUUUUUGUGUAGAUGAGGCAGUGCGAUAUUUACCGUGCAUGCACAUAUAUCAUGUUCGCUGUAUUGAUGAUUGGCUUAUGCGCAGUCUAACUUGCCCCAGCUGUAUGGAGCCGGUGGAUGCAGCACUCUUAACAAGCUAUGAAACAUCAUAACGUCAAUUGAUUUGAUAAAGCUUUUAUAUGUAGUUGGAAUGAAUAUUCUUUCUUAAUACGCUUUUAUAAGCUUCACUUGUUAACAAUACUAUUCAAAAAUCAAUAAUCAAUAUGUUGGUAUUACAUCACGCAAACUAGUUUAAGUAAAAUAAUAAAUGGUUUUUUUGUUUUUUUUUUAUUACAAAAUUUUACUUCGGUUGAAUAUGGAGGCAAAUGUACGCAAUAUACACCUAUAUUUUUUUUAUAAAAUAUAAUUUUUCUAAUGUUAAAGUUAAAAUAUCUAUGUCUAAAACAUUUCAAAUGUA